ACCACACUUGCAGGAGACCAAAUACUAUUAUAACACUAGGCUACGACGCGCGAACCAACUCUCCUGCAUAUUACGUUCAAAUGGCAGUUGUUACACAAAAAUGAUUGAUAGUAGAAUAAACACUCUAAUCGACCAAAUCCAAUUACAGAGAAUUGGAACUGAGAGGGCGCUUGGGCGUCUGGAGUCCAUCAGUUCCACUAUAAUGGAUACGCACGGGAACCAAAACGUGAGGCGACUCUCGGAAUGAACUACACAAACUUGCAAGGACAAGUGACCAACGUCAAACCUCAUUAUCAGCCCAGCGCGCAAUCCUUGCGGCUCAUCAUUCUGCUGAUUCUAGUCAUGGGGGUGGCCCCAUCCCCAGCUCUGACAGCGGGAUGCCCGGCACGAUGCAUAUGCGAUGACCAGCUGGUGGUCCAGUGCGCCGGGCAGCACCUCACCGCCUUCCCCACUGACCUGCCGCUGGCCACGCGGCAGCUCAUCAUCUCCAACAAUCGCAUCGUGGAGCUGCCGCCGUUGCAGCUCAACUACCUGUCGGACUUGGUGUACUUGGACUGUAGCAACAAUUCCCUGACGGAGAUUUCUAUGUCCACAUUCGGGAACCUGGAGAAGCUUGCUUACCUGGACUUGUCCUUCAACACCUUAACGCGGAUAGAGGACAGGACGUUCGGGCCGCUCUCUAGCCUCGUGAUGCUGAGAAUGACGGACAACCCCGGCCUGUCGGAUAUUCACCCGGACGCUUUCGCAAAGAACUCGGCGCUGCAGGUGCUGGACGUGAGCCGGAACAACCUGACGGUGCUCAACAUCAGUUCUCUCAUCGCGCUGCCCAUCCUGCGCUCGGUCGGCCUCAGCGGGAAUUCCUGGAGCUGCGACUGCGAUAACGAGGACCUCUGUCUCUGGGUUCACAUCGAGGCAUUCAAGUUUCAAGAUGAGGGCCAGACGGUGUGCCGUGGUCCUCCUGAUCUGCAGGGGCAGCGUCUGGGUGAGCUGGGGCUGCAGCUGCGGUCGCGGUGCCACCAGGGCCUGGGUUCUUGGGACUACCUGUUCUUCCUCGCCAUCGGCUUCGUUAUCUUCGCGGCAGGAACGAUGUCGGCGUGGGCAAUCGGCGUGGUCAUGGUACUGUAUGAACGCUAUGUCAAGAAGAAGAGCGAGCAGAUGGACCCAGAUGACGAGGUUGAACAGGACGCAGGACCUGGCACGGGGGGCGCAGGGGGUCACCAUGCCAACCCACGAGGUAAUGGGGAUUUGAAAAACACUGGUCACAUGGUGGUAUGACUCCACCCUGUCCCACAGCCUCCCUACCGACUGUGCCUCGGAACCUACAGAACUACAAAACCUUUGAUGUCAUAAAAUGACAGAGGUUAAGAAGAAACUACAAAGCAGAGCACACUGGGAUUAAUGGAUUAAUAAAAUACAGAAGAGAGACAACGCAGAAAUGUGCCUGAUUUUCAUGGUGAUUGAGAGUUGAAUGGUCAUAAUUCCUUAAAGUCCCAGUGCACAGUGUUUUGUAUCAUAUUGUACAACAGCUGAUGAAUCUAACUUUGUAAAAGUGUGACAAAAUGUGAUCAGUGUUAUUUACUGAUAGUUGAUGGUUGAAAAUACAAUCUAAAUAGGACCUUCUAAAUCAGCAGGUUUUGCAUGGAUGGAGUUUUGGCUUGCUUGGUGACAUCACCGGGUGGUUAAGUUAUAGACCAAUAACAAAGUGACUUCCAAACCAGGUUACAUGUCUCUCCCAUUAGGUUCCGCCAAUUAGGCCCCUCAAUCAGACCACUCCCAGACAGUU